CUUGUCGGACAGUGAACGCAUGGAAUCUGGCCGUUCGCAGACAGAAAAUAAUCACACAGACAUGGAGACAGAGAGGAGCUCGGACCAGGAGGCUGGUCAGACAUGUGAACCUGAAGAGAACAUCACCAGCACUAAUGAAAUCACGGAUGAACUUUUUAAGAAACCUGCGAUUUUUGCAGCCCCAUCACUGUCGGUAAAAAAAUCAGGAGCAAACUCAGUCAGUAAACCCACAGAAGAAUCAAACAGCAGCAGCUCAGAGAAUGAAGACAAAAAUCAUGGUCCAAAACAUCUUCAGUCACCUGCACGGCGAACAGACCCAAAACCAGACCCAUCAGAUAUUAAAGAUAAUCUGCCAGCCAUGACAUCGGAGGCAUCACAGAAGAUCCAGCCCAAACCAAAAGACAACAGACCGAAGGCCCCUGCCAAAUUACCAGCGCCGGGUAAAUUUCCACCCCUUCCGUACACUGAACCCCCUUGGGGGUCUGUUCCUGACAUAUCAUACUCAUUUGAGCUACUGAAAAACGGGUCGAUCCUGGACGCGGUCCCGUUGACUCAGAGGAGUUAUUUUGUGGUUGGUCGUCUGCCUGUUUGUGAUGUAUCUCUGGAACAUCCGUCCAUCUCCCGCUAUCACGCUGUAGUGCAGUACCGAGGGAAAGCGGAACAGGACGAGGUCGUGGGAGAGGAGAGAGGGUUUUAUGUCUAUGAUUUGGGCAGCACUCAUGGGACUUUCGUCAAUAAGAACAAGAUUCCACCCAAAACAUAUAUAAGGGUCCGUGUGGGACAUGUAAUCAAGUUUGGGGGAAGCACAAGACUCUUUAUUCUGCAGGGUCCGGAGUUUGAUGAAGAGGCAGAGUCUGAACUGACGGUGACAGAGCUCAGAGAACGGGCCAGGAAACAGAGAGAAGAGCUGGAGAAGAGAAUGAUGGGUGACGGCUCAGACGAGGAAGAGGAGAAGGAGGAGAGGGAAGCCAGUGCUUUAGGAAGAAGUUCAUCAGAAGAUACUGGCUGCUCGUGGGGAAUGGAUGAAGAGGCAGUGCCUGAAGAGGAUGAGAAUGAGGAAAAUCCAUUUGCCAUGGAGUUUCAUGAGGAUCAGGAAGCAGCUUACCUCAAAGAUCCUAAAAAGGCCCUGCAGGGCUUCUAUGAGAGAGAAGGGGAAGAACUAGAGUUUGAAUAUGAAGACAAAGGCCAUGGCACCUGGCUCUGCAGAAUCAAGUUGCCUGUGGAUGAUGCUGUGGGCAGGCAGCUGGUGGCUGAAGUGACCCACUCAGGGAAAAAGAAGGAAGCGGCUGUCCAGUGCUGUUUAGAUGCCUGUCGCAUCCUGGAGGCCCGUGGUGUUCUCAGACAGGAGGCAGUAUCCCGCAAGCGCAAGAAGAAGAACUGGGGGGAUGAAGAUUUUUACGACAGUGACGAUGACACGUUCCUGGACAGGACGGGUGCAGUUGAAAAGAAGAGAACGGAGCGCAUGAAGAAGGCCGGAAAGAUUCAGGAGCGUCCUGAUACCUAUGAAUCACUGCUGGCUAAACUUGCUAAGGUUGAAAAAGAGCUGGCUGACACUGAAAAGAAGCUCAAUUCUUCUGGAAAAGGACACUCCAGCUCCUCUUCAGAGGACCCUCUGGAUGCCUUCAUGAGUGCUGUACAGGGUGAUAUGGCUCUGGAUGGAGUGGAAAGAAAAAAGCUACACUUACACGUGGCCGACCUGAAGAAGGAGCGUGAGCGACUGCGUAAACUAGUGGAGCUAACCAAACCUACCCAGCUGCCCUCACUGCAGCCCAGCGGAUCUAGUAGUCAGUCCACAGAGACGGAGAAACCAAAGAAGUUAUCUCUGCCUAUGUUUGGAGCCAUGAAAGGAGGCAGUAAACUCAAACUGAAGACCGGAACUAUAGGCAAUUUGCCCCCAAAGCGAGCCAUUCUUCCAAGUGAGCUCUUUAACAUGAAGGAGCUUCCCCCUGAGGAAGAAGAGGAGGAUGAAAAUACAGAAGACGCAGUCACAGAUGGUGAUAUGGAGGUUAUUCAAUCUGCAGAGAUGGGAAGUCCUGAACACUCCAAUGCUGACUAUAACAGACUUGAAAGCCAUCUAAACCAACCUAAUGAGAGGGGAGACCAUGUGGACCAGCCUGCUAAAAUAGUGACAAUUCAUGGAAAACAGAAAUCUAAGUCUUCCGAUCUUCAAGACAAAAGUGCCUCUCCUCCAAAAGAGGGAGGAGACAGUGGUGUCUCAAAUGUCCAGAGUCCAAAGACAAGUGUGAAGAAGAAAGUUAUUGGACCAAGCAGGCCUCCUGUGACCAUGUCAAAGCAGUACCCAGAAGACGACCCUGACUACUGCGUCUGGGUUCCUCCAGCAGGUCAGACUGGAGAUGGUUGGACACAUCUGAAUGAAAAGUACGGAUACUGAACAAAAAGGAAAGACCAUCUUCACUGACAAGGAAUCAGCUCAAUUAUACAUCUUAACCUUGAGAGAGAAAAAAAACAAAAUACAUUAAAAAAAUAAAUAUAUAUAUAUAUCAUGUUUAUCUCAGACGGACUCAAUGUCUCCAAUUAAGGAAAUUCUUACACAAGGAGCUCCGAUGAGAUCAGGAUCUUUCUAGCAUUUGUUAUUGGAAACAGAUAUAUUUUUAAGCAUGUUUUUGUCCUUUGAUAUUCUUUUAUGUUUCCCUUAUCUUCAAUAAACUGCACUUGGCAAACAUCUGAGACCAAGGUGGGAUGGGUAUUGGUUUGAAGUUGCAUAGGAGGAAAGGUGAAUAGAUGUUCAGGUUUGUUUUCAGGCACUUUCUUAAUUGGUUCUUCUCCAUGCUAGCACUGAUACUCUGGAGGAAAUUAGCAUAACAAACCAUUUUACUGGUCCAGAAAUAAUGCACCUGCUUUCUUAAACUCCUUAUAUUUACUUCGAAAUGUAACUUCAAAUUCAUCAUGAACGCUUAUGUCAGACCACUCUAGUUUAAGCACUGCACCAUUGAAUUCCUUGGUCAUGUUGUCGGCAAAUCUCUAUCCACAGCAUUGCUUUCUGGGAUCAGUUCAACAGGCUUAAGCAGGUGACCAUUCUAUCCGGUGUUCUGGGUCACUCUCUGAGCAACACUGGACUCCUUCAAUUUGGCUGGGCUGCCACGCUCCGUAUGGCAAGCACUCCUGUUGGAUGCAGCUCUGUUGAAGGCUAACGAUACCUCCUCAGAGAAAGGCGGCUUUACCAGCCAUCUGGACAAUUGCUCGACAUUCUGGGAUUUGGAGCGAGCUGUUAAUGAAUCAGAAAGGGAGUGAGAGGGGGCUCUGUAAUUGUGUGUGUUCUCUUGAUCUUAAUAAAGAGUGACUCAGUGUUAGGUGUCUCUCUGUCUGUCUAUGUACGUGUGUCUCCAAGGAAGGAUUAGCCCCCCACACUACUACAGACUAGUCUCUCUGUUUAUUCAACCCUUUCACUGCUCUUGAAUUCUCCAUUGUUUGAAGAGAACUGUUUAGAAUGGUGUAUUUUGUUACUUUUGUAAAAUAAAAAUUUAU